AUGGCUACGAAGACUAUCGCAGUGCCCGCCGUCGUAUAUGCAAACAUUAACUAUUUUUUGGAAAUGAGUGAAGGAGGAACCGAUGUAAUUUACCCAGGAACAGCCACCGACAAACUGCGGCCACUCAAGUCUGUGACCAUGCCAGUCACAGAUUUGCGAACAUGUAAAGACGAGAACUUUACAUUGGACAUGCAUGGCUUCCAAUUUGUACCGCACAAGACGGGCGAGAAGACCUACGAAGAUCAGGAGAGAAUCAAAACAGUUUUCUACGAUGAGACAGCUGUACUGUUGAAAGCCGUAACAGGAGCAACUCGUGUUGUGCCAUUCUCCCACCUUGUUCGAAAGAAUUUUGUAGAUACUGCUGUUGAAGCUGCAAAGAAAGCCGCUCCAACAGAUAUCAUUCCAAUCAUGACUCCAUCACUCUUAACUCAUAUUGAUCAGUCAUACGAUGGUGCUAAGCAAGUUCUUGAAGCCAAUUUGCCAUCUGCCGAGGCCGAAUCACUCUCAAAAACAAGAUGGGGCAUCAUCAACGUCUGGCGACCGAUUGGCAGCCCUGUCAAGAGAGACCCUCUCGCAGUAUGUGAUGCUCGAUCUUGUGCAGAGUCGGAUCUUCGCAAGGUCUUCGCCCAGUUGCCGUCACAAGGUGAUGGAAGCAAGGUUUCGAGGGGAAAAGGCUUUGAAGUUUUCAAUGUAGCUCAUAACCAAAGCCAUAAAUGGUACUAUGCAUCGACAAUGACACCAGAUGAGACAUUGAUGAUCAAGUGUUUCGACUCGAAGACAGAUGGACGGGCUCGAAGAACCCCACACACGGCGUUCCAGACAGACUUUGACGAAGGCCCAGCGCGACAGAGCAUCGAGGUUAGAUGUUUAGUUUUCUGGGAGAAUGAUACCGCUGAGUAA